AUGGCGUGAAUCCGUCGCCAGUGAAAUGGUUAGCGGCACAAGCCAUCGGCCGCCGGAGAAUGGGGAUAGGGUAUCUGAUAACCUUCCCAAGGCAGUUGCCGGAGGCAGAACCUCGUGGGGUGCGCCGGCAUUCUCUGGUGGUCAGUCGGCUUCGACGAGCGGUAGCGCCGGCUCACCAUCGAGUCGGAGCGAGCAGGCUGCAACGGGUACCCCAGCGAGCGAGAGCACCUUCGUCCGGCGGAUAAAGCACCUUGAAGUCAAUGGAGACGAGGCCGGAUCCUCGCAAGGAGCAGCAAGUGCUAAAAAGAAAAAGAGGGGAGCACGUGCUGUUGCAGGUGAUAAAAGUGGGAGGGGACUUCGGCAGUUCAGCAUGAAAGUUUGCGAGAAAGUGGAAAGCAAGGGAAGGACGACUUACAAUGAGGUUGCGGAUGAGCUUGUAGCUGAAUUUGCAGAUCCUAAUAAUAAUCUUGCUUCUCCAGAUCAGCAACAAUAUGAUGAGAAGAACAUAAGAAGAAGGGUUUAUGAUGCCCUAAAUGUUCUCAUGGCAAUGGAUAUUAUCUCAAAAGACAAGAAGGAAAUUCAGUGGAAGGGUUUGCCUAGGACAAGUCUAAACGAUAUUGAAGAACUAAAGGCAGAACGUGCUUCUCUCAAGCGUAGAAUUGAGAAGAAGACUGUCUAUUUGCAAGAAUUGGAAGACCAAAUCAUAGGUCUUCAGAAUUUGAUCCAAAGGAACGAACAAUUGCAUGGCUCAGGCAAUGCUCCUUCAGGUGGAGUCGCUCUACCUUUUAUCCUUGUUCAGACUCGGCCCCAUGCAACUGUCGAGGUAGAAAUAUCUGAAGACAUGCAACUGGUGCAUUUUGACUUUAAUAGCACACCCUUUGAACUGCACGACGACACUUAUGUGUUGAAGGCAAUGAGAUUCUGCGAAAGAGAACAGCAGGAUGGCGGCGGCGGCGGCACACACGAACCCACCUUGAACGGCGGCGAGUGCUCGAGCAACCAGGGCGUACAUCAAACUCAGCAGCCACCUCUGCUCCAAUGGCCGAGCCCGAGGAGUAAAUUGCCCGCUUCGCCGCCCAUUCCUGGAAUUUUAAAAGCUCGAGUGAAACAUGAACACCAUAAUCAGUAGUUUCCUGCCCUUCUUGUCAUCUGUAUCUCAAUUAUUUUUUCCUCAUGUAUAGCCAGGCAGCAGCAGCAGCAGCAGCAGCAGCUAGGUGUAAUGGAUAGUUGCUGUUUCCUUGUAGAACUUCUAUUAUUGGUUCUAAACUCUUUACCGAGCAUCAGUUUCUGGAUAGUUGCUUUGAUGUAAUUGUUUGUAUCAUCUUUUUCCCUCUUUUUUAUUCUAUAAGUUGGCUCUACUUUGUGAUAACAUUUUAAGGUGAUGGAUUUCUAAUUGUCUGCUGACCAAUUUGAUGAUGUCAGGAA